AAAAAAAAUAUCAAACGUCGAUUUGAUUUACACAGUUUGUCUCUCUCUCUCUCUCUCUCUCUCUCUUCUCUUUUUACAUACAUCCCAUAUUCCCAUUAGCUAGAUGAUGACAAUGAUUCUCAAAAACUAGGGUUUUUCACAAGGUAUCUUACCCGUUUCAUCCAGUCACCUCCUACCCUUAUCUUCAUCAAUCACCAUCAUUCCCACCCACACCAAUCUCUGCAACUAUCGCUUCUGAUUAACCAAUUGUAACAGAGGAUCUCCCAGAUUCAUUCUAUAUAUAUUAAUAAUCAUGGCGUUGAAGUCUACUUCCGCCGAUGGCAAAACCAGAAGCUCUGUUCAGAUCAUCGUCUUCAGCCUAUGUUGCUUCUUCUACAUCCUCGGAGCAUGGCAACGAAGCGGUUUCGGCAAAGGAGACAGCAUCGCUCUCCAGAUGACAAACAGUGGAGGAGCUGACUGCAACAUAGUCCCAAACCUAAACUUCGAGACUCACCACGCAGGAGAAUCCAGCAUCGUUGAAUCCUCAAAGGUCAAAGCCUUCGAGCCCUGUGAUGCUCGUUACACUGAUUACACUCCAUGCCAAGAUCAGAGGCGUGCGAUGACUUUCCCUAGAGAUAGUAUGAUCUACCGGGAAAGGCAUUGCGUUCCGGAGAAUGAGAAGCUCCGUUGCCUUGUGCCUGCACCUAAAGGAUAUGUGACACCUUUCUCUUGGCCCAAGAGUAGAGAUUACGUGCCUUAUGCUAAUGCUCCGUAUAAGGCCUUGACUGUUGAGAAAGCUAUUCAGAAUUGGAUUCAGUAUGAAGGUGAUGUUUUUAGGUUCCCUGGUGGUGGGACUCAGUUCCCUCAGGGGGCUGAUAAGUAUAUUGAUCAGCUUGCUUCUGUGAUACCUAUGGAGAAUGGAACUGUUAGGACUGCUUUGGACACUGGUUGUGGGGUUGCAAGUUGGGGAGCAUACUUAUGGAGCAGAAACGUGCGAGCAAUGUCCUUUGCACCAAGAGAUUCACACGAGGCUCAGGUUCAGUUUGCUUUAGAGAGAGGUGUUCCCGCUGUGAUUGGUGUUCUUGGCACCAUAAAGUUACCAUACCCAACUCGGGCUUUCGACAUGGCACACUGCUCUCGUUGUUUGAUUCCAUGGGGAGCAAAUGAUGGAAUGUACUUGAUGGAAGUUGACCGUGUGCUUAGACCGGGUGGGUACUGGAUUCUAUCUGGUCCUCCGAUCAACUGGAAGAUCAACUACAAGGCAUGGCAACGUCCCAAGGAGGAGCUUCAAGAGGAACAAAGAAGGAUUGAAGAGGUUGCUAAGCUUCUCUGUUGGGAGAAGAAGUAUGAACACGGCGAGAUCGCUAUCUGGCAGAAGAGAGUUAAUGAUGAGGCAUGCCGUUCAAGACAAGAUGACCCUAGAGCCAACUUCUGCAAAACUGAUGAUACUGAUGAUGUCUGGUACAAGAAAAUGGAAGCAUGUAUUACACCUUAUCCGGAGACUAGUAGCUCAGUGGCUGGAGGAGAACUUCAGGUGUUUCCAGAUAGACUCAAUGCAGUGCCGCCUAGGAUCUCUAGUGGUUCCAUCUCUGGUGUCACGGUUGAUGCAUAUGAAGACGAUAACAGACAGUGGAAAAAACAUGUGAAAGCUUACAAGAGAAUCAACAGUUUACUUGAUACUGGAAGGUACCGUAACAUCAUGGACAUGAACGCAGGGUUUGGUGGGUUUGCUGCUGCUCUUGAAUCUACAAAGCUUUGGGUUAUGAAUGUUGUCCCAACGAUUGCUGAAAAGAAUAGACUUGGAGUUGUGUAUGAACGAGGACUCAUUGGAAUUUACCACGACUGGUGUGAGGCUUUCUCUACAUAUCCAAGAACAUAUGACUUAAUCCAUGCGAAUCAUCUAUUCAGUCUGUACAAGAACAAGUGCAAUGCGGAUGACAUUCUUCUGGAGAUGGAUAGGAUUCUCCGACCAGAAGGAGCGGUUAUAAUCAGAGAUGAUGUUGACACAUUGAUAAAGGUGAAGAGAAUCAUCUCUGGGAUGAGAUGGGAUUCGAAGCUGGUUGAUCAUGAGGAUGGUCCUUUAGUUAAUGAGAAGGUUUUGAUUGCGGUGAAGCAGUAUUGGGUCACCAACUCCACCUCGGCUCACUGAAGUGUCAGUGUGACCUGGACAUUUUGAUCAAAUGAUAGGAAGCUUUAUUCGUCCUUAGGGAAUGUGAGAGAGCUAGACUCUCGUAUUUGUUACACUUCUUCAAGUAUCCCUAUUUAUUUAAUGUAAUAGUUUACCAGGUAA